CAUGGCGCGUCGAUGACAAUGCUAUCGAUAUCCUCCACCAGCGCCUAGGGAGGGGAUUACUCGUAUAAAAGGACGAAAAUCUCUCCUAGUCGUAUCCUUCAGCAUCACAAUGUCUGCCCCAACUGCUACUCAAUACACCACUGCCGAGACUUCCUCUGUCGCCGGCGGACAACUCGUCGGCCGCUCCAACAAGGGCGCCGUCGCUCCCAAGGAAGCUUUGAAGCUUUGCUUGGACCUCAACCUCGAGGUUGAGAUCGCCAUUCAGGCCAAGGUCAAUGGUGACAUCACCUUGUCACUCCUUGAGUAAAUGUGCUCUCGAUCCGUUCGGAUGGAACUGCCGACAUUUUUGGGUUUUCAUAGAGAGAGAUCCAUUUGUUCGUUUGGAAAACCAUCGACUCAAUGCGGUUGAGGUUGUACAUACUAGUGUUUGGGGAGGGUUCUACAUCUGUGACAUAUGAAUAUCAGUGGUUUUUUUUUGGGUCAAC